AUGUCGGCCUCGGGUUCUGGUGCUGGUGCUGCUGCACCUGCAGCCACCGGUGCUAUGAAGAAGGCAUUUCCUCACGUCGACCUUGACGGACAUAAUCUCCCUCCGUCUCCUGCUCCCUCCAGUCCGCGUACAGGCAAGCGAUAUGCAAUUGCCACAGAACUUGUAUAUACCGACAGCAAUGACCAGUACAAUGCCAGCAGCGUCCCAAUCUACCAGAGCGCCACGUUUAAGCAAACCUCGGGCGGCGGCGGCGGAGAAUAUGACUACACUCGCUCCGGAAAUCCCACCAGAACUCACCUCGAACGACACCUCGCCAAGAUCAUGUCCGCGCAGCGCGCCCUAGUUGUCUCAUCCGGUAUGGCUGCUUUGGAUGUGAUCUCCCGGCUGCUUCGUCCCGGUGACGAGGUGGUGACGGGUGACGACCUCUACGGCGGAACGCAUCGUCUUUUGAAAUAUCUGUCGACCAACGGCGGCAUCAUCGUUCACCAUGUCGAUACGACGCAGCCGGAUAAAGUUCGCGAGGUGUUGAGUCCGAAGACAGCCAUGGUCUUGCUCGAGACGCCGACCAAUCCUCUCAUCAAGAUUGUCGAUAUCCCCCAGAUCGCCACGGCGGCGCACGAGAUCAACCCCAGUUGCUUGGUGGCGGUAGACAACACCAUGAUGUCUCCGCUGCUAUUGAACCCUCUCGAUCUCGGGGCGGAUAUUGUUUAUGAAAGUGGAACCAAGUACCUGUCUGGCCAUCACGAUCUCAUGGCUGGUGUGAUUGCCGUGAACGACCUCGCUCUUGGGGAGCGGCUGUACUUCCCCAUCAACGCAUCUGGAUGCGGCCUGUCUCCUUUUGACUCGUGGCUCUUGAUGCGUGGUGUCAAGACGCUCAAGGUCCGGAUGGACCAGCAGCAAUCCAACGCCCAGCGCAUUGCCGAGUUUCUGGAUUCCCAUGGGUUCAAGGUCCGAUACCCCGGGCUGCGGUCUCACCCGCAGUACGAGCUGCACCACUCCAUGGCGCGGGGCGCCGGAGCCGUGCUGUCGUUCGAGACUGGCGAUGUGGGCGUCAGCGAGCGCAUCGUUGAAAGCGCCAAGCUGUGGGCUAUCAGUGUCAGCUUCGGCUGCGUCAACAGUCUGAUUAGCAUGCCCUGUCGUAUGAGCCAUGCCAGUAUUGAUGCGAAGACACGACAGGAGCGAGCGAUGCCGGAAGACUUGAUCCGGCUCUGUGUUGGUAUUGAGGAUGUAGACGAUCUCAUUGACGACUUGCGGCGGGCGCUCGUCCAAGCCGGUGCGGUCAACAUUACUCUCGAUGGAUUCGAAGCGAAUGCAUCCAGUGAAUCAACCAACUCUGCGUGA